GAACCGUUACACUACUGAGGGUGUUUUAGUCGGUAUGGUUUUGUGAAGGGACUGUGUGUUCCCCAGCUGAUACAUCUCGACAUAAGACCAUGAGCAAAGACUCCCAGAUGAGGGCUGCAAUAAACCAGAAGCUGAUAGAAAUGGGGGAACGGGAGCGGUUGAAGGAACUGCUCAGGGCAAAGCUGGUGGAGUGUGGAUGGAAGGAUCAGCUGAAGGCACACUGCAAAGAUGUGAUCAAAGAAAAGGGCCUUGAGCAUGUCACAGUGGAGGAUCUGGUUACAGAAGUCACACCAAAAGGCAGAGCACUCGUGCCAGACAGUGUGAAGAAAGAGCUCCUGCAGAGAAUCCGAGCUUUCCUAGCUCAACACGCCACCUUGUGAAAGAGACGAUUCCCCGUCUAGACAUUUUUUUACUCUCUGUAGAUCCACAAUUAAAAUCCAAACUGAUGUUUGUUCUCAUUGUGAGCAAUGCUGAAGUGUUAUUUUUAUUUUCUAUUGUGUGUUUUCAUAUUGAUUUUAGUUUGUUAUGCAGCAGUUUUGGAAAAAUAAUAAAGUCAUGCCUAUUUUGAU